AUGGCGAACCGUGGCUACGACGUUGUUGUCGACGUGGACGCCGAGCAACAGGGCGAUCUCGGACACACCGACCUGCAAGAGGACCUUGAAUUCCACCCGUCCAACUUUGAAAGCGAUCAACGCACCGCCAAAGCCCAAGCCGAUUCCGCCCCGUUCCUAGGCGGCAGCUCCUCGCGCGGCCGUGGCCGUUCCCCUGGCGGCACGCCGACAAAGCACACCUGGUGGUCCAUCCACUACUACGAGCGGUUCUUCGAUGUCGACACGAACGAAGUAAUGCGCCGCUGCAUGGCAACCCUGUACCCACGAUCGAACUUCCUGGACGUGCUCGAAGGCAACGCCGACCUUUACGGACCUGUCUGGAUUGCGACGACCGUUGUAGUAAUCCUGUUUUUGACGGGAAGCAUCUCCCAGUGGCUCUCGAACAAUGAUGACAAGCACUUCGAGUAUGACUUCACGCUGCUGUCUGGGGCGGCGGGCUUGAUUUAUGGCUACACGGGUAUCUUGCCUAUUGCGCUGUGGGGAGCUCUGCGCUGGUUCGGGAGCUCAACCGCUGAUUUGAUCGAGUGCUGGGCUCUUUACGGAUACUCGAACUUGGUCUGGAUUGCUGUGGCGCUCGUUAGCUGGAGCCCGUUGACUGCGCUCAACUGGGCAUUAGUUGGUGUUGGUUUUGCUUGGACUGUGUUCUUCCUGCUGCGCAACCUCUAUCCGGUUAUGAAUGCCACGGAUGCUAAGGCCAGCAAAAUUCUCUUAAUUCUGGUUGUUGCGCUGCACGCGGGUCUGGCUAUUGCCAUUAAGAUCCUUUUCUUCGCCCACGGAAGCCCGGUCUCGAAGAAGAAUAAGGACACCGGCAACGCCGAUGACGACAACCAGCGGAUGAUGUUCUAA